AUGGCUUCCAAUUCCCCGAGUCUUGAGUGCCGAAUGUACGAAGCUCGGUUCCCUGACGUCGACAUCGCGGUGAUGAUUCAAGUCAAAAGCAUUGGCGAAAUGUGCGCCUACGUUUCACUUCUCGAGUACAACAACAUUGAGGGCAUGAUUCUUUUGUCCGAGUUGUCAAGACGUCGUAUUCGUAGUAUCAACAGUUUGAUUAAAGUGGGGCGCACCGAGCUUGUUAUGGUGCUUCACGUAGACGAAGACAAAGGGUAUGUUAAUCUUAGCAAAAGAAGGGUUUCCGAAGAGGACAUUCAGAUUUGUGAAGACAGGUAUAAUAAGAGCAAGCUCGUUCACUCUAUUAUGCGCCAUGCAUUUAAAUUAGUCGUUAAUGAUCCUGACACCAUUCUUGAUUCACUCACUCGUGAAGUUAAAGAAACCAGCUCUGAUGGAAAAGAGGUGACAAAAGCUGUUCAUGCUUUAUCAGAGGAAAUUAAAGAUGUAUUAGUAAAGAACAUUAGAAGGAGGAUGACUCCACAGCCAUUAAAGAUCAGGGCAGAUGUUGAAAUGAAAUGCUUUCAAUUUGAUGGUGUUCUUCACAUUAAGGAUGCCAUGAGGAAGGCUGAAGCUGCUGGAAAUCAAGACUGCCCUGUUAAAAUUAAGUUGGUUGCCCCUCCAUCUUAUGUUCUCAUCACACAAACUCUUGAUAAGGAUCAACAUAUUUCCAGGCUUUUUCUGAUUAUGUGA